CCAUGCAUAUUUUUGGAAUGUGGGAGGAACAUCUCAAGCAUUCAUUUCACAGAUGUUUAGAACUCCGUUUUUUGAUCCGAUUCGAGACUUCCUGAAGUGACGUCACUCAGAAGUGGACCACGCAGGGGAGGAGCUCUCCCGAAGAUGGCGUCCCUAUGCUGCCGGCGAGACCCGUGCGGCGUAGUCUGUCUAAUUUUGACGUACUUCAGCGUGUUCUACGCGGACUACGUGGUGGUGCAGUACGUCCUCAUCCCCGCGUACUCGGGCAGCAUUUGGUGCAGCCUCCACGGCUCCGCCUUCAACGUCAUCCUGCUGCUCCUACUCGCUUGCCACUCCAAGGCGGUCUUCUCGGACCCAGGUGUGGUGCCGCUACCGGACACGGCGCUCGACUUCUCCGACCUCCGCUCGCAGUCUUCGCGGAUGAGCGACAGGGGCUGCGAGGGCUGGACGGUGUGCAGCCGCUGCGAAACCUACAGACCGCCGCGGGCGCAUCACUGCCGUGUAUGCCAAAGAUGUAUACGCCGCAUGGAUCAUCACUGCCCGUGGAUCAAUAACUGCGUGGGAGAACUGAACCAGAAGUAUUUCAUCCAGUUCCUCUUCUAUACGGGCGUGGCCAGCGUGUACGCCACGCUGCUGGUGGUGUCGGCUUGGGUGUGGCGCAUCCGCAGCGAGAGGGACGGCGGCGGCGACGAGGGGGGGGACGAUGCGCCCGGCAAGCACUUGAUCGUGUACGUCCCAUUUCAAGUGGCAAACUCGCCGGCGUGUUGUUUCCUGACGUGUGUUUGUGCUCUCCAGCGCGCAUUACAUCAUCCUGCUGGUGGAGUCGGUGCUCUUCGGUGUCUUCGUCCUGGUCAUCUUUUUCGAUCAGUUGGCGUCCAUCAUCGCCGACGAAACGCCCAUCGAGCAGAUGAGGAACAGGCUGCUGCUGAUGAAGGAACGAGGCUCGUUGUCGUCGUCCUCGCAGCUGCCACCUCACCACGCCACGCGCAAGCCCAAGCUGGCGCUGCUGCGGGAGGUUUUCGGACGAGGUUCCGUGUUGUGCUGGCUCCUUCCACUCUACUCUGGCGGCCCGUCGGUCGGAGGCGUGGCCUACUCGGCCCUGCCUGACUACGACGUCUGAACUCGGGAGAUCUCUCUGGACUCGUUGGUCGCUCCUGGCUCGCCGUUUUUUUUUUUUUUUUUGCAACCUCGUUUACUGAGUCGUCGUAUUGACGUCAUCUCGCACUGAAAAGAAACGCCCACUGAGAUUCCUUUUUUUUUGUGUUGGGGAGGAGGGGGGGGGGGCUAUUUAUUGAUGUUUUUCUGGCCCAACGAGGUGUUUCUGACUUGAACUGUGUUGCACGCAAGGUUGUGUAAACCUUUUUUUUUUUUUUUUUAAACAAUGAAAGGGGUUUGUUGAUUAAUUAUUCUUCAGUUCUGCUACCAGUGGGAAGGAUGUCUACGUUUUUUAUACUAUAAUAAGGCAAACGGACCUUCCAUAUUUGUAAUUGGACAUUUUCUACAUUUUAAAAUCAACCGCGAAAUGGCGUGCGACUUUCCAAAAGUCGCCCUCUUUGUGCAGUCUUGUUCCUCAACGUCUCGAGUGCUUUUAUGAAGUGUGCUUCUUUUUUUUUUUUUUUAAAUUCCCGGAACAUUGAAUAUAUUGACACAGCAUUGAAGUGACUGUGCAUGUAUGACUUGUUUUAUUUAUUUAUGGACUUUUGGCCACAAAGCUGUAAAAUAAAAAAGGAUGAAGUGCGCUUAAAUAAAGUGAUUGCGUAAUAAGUUAA